AUGAGGGUGAUCACAUGGGAUAACAGCCUGAUCAUGGAGUUUCUCAGUGACACAGAAGGUGACCAGUUUCUGAGCACCAUCGAUCUGUCUGAUGUGGAUGAGUGGUUCGAGGACACAAAACGAGAUCUCAUAGCAAAAAAGUCUUCUUUGCAACGAUGUGGUGAAAACAGUGAUGGUAAAGAAGAGACAAGAGUUCAGCCUAACAAUGACCCAUCCAUGGAGAGUUGUGAGGCAGGACUAAUCAGUGUCAGUCAACAACUGGGUGAGUUAGCUGAUGACACACCUGCACAGGUACAUGUACUAAUUGCGGACAGGGGAUAUGUAGAGAAUGGGCAGGUUAUGAGGGAGGAGACUUCUGCUGGUAAGAGAAAAGACCUCCUUCAGCAACGUCAGGAUAAAGCAAGAUGUGUUGCUACAAAACAAUGUAGUCCUGACGGUAUAACUGAUGUUGACCGAGAAGUGUGCUGCAGCCCAGUGACAGUUCUACUUGUUCGUCACAACAACGAGUCAACGGUUACUACUUUGUGGGAUGGUGUGUCAAGUGAGCAGAGUCACAAAGAUGGGGAUGAGGACAUAGAUAAGGAGGUGUUCAUAAUGUCAGAAGAGGAGGAGAUUGAUUUUGAAGAUGAUGAUGAAGAUUCCACUGAUGAUAAUGAUAAUGAAGAUGAUAAUGAUAAUGAUAUCGGAGCAGAUAUCAUUAGUACAAAUGUUGUUGAUGUUAAGCAAGUUACAAUGAACGGUGACAUCAGAUGUGAAAAACUUAGUGUCAUGCAUGAUAAACCUGUCCUGUCUGACAACAGGGUAGGUGAGAGGAAUAAUGUGAUGACAUCAUCAUGUGAUGACAAAUUAAUCCCAUCUGAUACGACUGAGGAUGAGGAUGAAGCAAUCCUCUCAGGCACCAGCACCCUCCCCUGGCUGUCAUCUGAAUGCACUCACCUCAAUCUGUUAUCCAGUUCUUCAGCUUCUGAUUCUGACUCUUUGAUCUCGAGGCAAAUAAUGAGUCCUCGUAAACGGACAAAGCAACUUAGUGACCGGGAGGGCUCACAUACUACCUGUCAAUCAGGUACUGAGGUUGAACAGGUGGAGGAUGAAGAGAGAUUGUCACAGGAUUCUAGUCUAGAGGAGCAAAUAAUGAGUCCUCGUAAACGGCCAAAGCAACUCAGUGACUCGGAGGGCUCAGAUACUACCUGUCAAUCAGGUACUGAGGUUGAACAGGUGGAGGAUGAAGAGAGAUUGUCACAGGAUUCUAGUCUAGAGGAGCAAAUAAUGAGUCCUCGUAAACGGCCAAAGCAACUCAGUGACCGGGAGGGCUCACAUACUACCUGUCAAUCAGAUACUGAGGUUGAACAGGUGGGGGAUGAAGAGAGAUUGUCACAGGAUUCUAGUCUAGAGGAGCAAAUAAUGAGUGCUCGUAAACGGACAAAGCAACUCAGUGACCGGGAGGGCUCAGACACUACCUGUCAAUCAGGUACUGAGGUUGAACAGGUGGAGGAUGAAGAGAGAUUGUCACAGGAUUCUAGUCUAGAGGAGCAAAUAAUGAGUCCUCGUAAACGGCCAAAGCAACUCAGUGACCGGGAGGGCUCACAUACUACCUGUCAAUCAGGUACUGAGGUUGAACAGGUGGGGGAUGAAGAGAGAUUGUCACAGGAUUCUAGUCUAGAGGAGCAAAUAAUGAGUCCUCGUAAACGGACAAAGCAACUCAGUGACCGGGCGGGCUCACAUACUACCUGUCAAUCAGAUACUGAGGUUGAACAGGUGGAGGAUGAAGAGAGAUUGUCACAGGAUUCUAGUCUACAGUUGGAGGAACCCAUAGGUAGCACACCUGAACCGCCAAAGCACGUUUAUAGUGACUCUGAGGAAUGGGACAAUGAGUAUAGCGACCUUAAGUCUGUCAGGUGUACAGAUAAUUCAGGAGAGGUCCACAGUGUGUGUCACAGAAUUAUGGAGGGGGAGGAUGUGGACAGUGACAUGGAGGCAGUGGAUAAGAGCCUCAUCCUAGGUCCUUGGGACGAAAAACAUGGCCGGCAAGAGACCAAGAGAAAACUACAAGUGCAACGGGAGAAAAAACUAAAAGAAGUGAAAAAGAACUGGAAAGACAGGAGGUCAAUAGAGGCUGAAGAUAAGAACCCAAAGUACAGAAGGAUUAGGAUGCCAGAAGAUUCAGGGUCCAGUCAAGAUGAGAUGUCUGAUAAUGCAGCGAUGUCAAAUUCUGAGGGUAGCCAGGGUGGUGAUCACCGGUAAGUCAUUCAUAUGUACAUGUAUCUUGUCAGCCAU